AUGAGACGACAGCGGUCUGUGCCACUGCUGCUGGUCUGGCAGGAGAAACAAGGGGGCUUUUGGGGGGGACGACGGACGGUCCGGCGUCAGGUUUGGGGCUGCGACAGCGUCACGCCACGGGCGAUUUUCGAAGGCCUGGUGUUUCGUAGGGGGAUGAGCGACAAUGUCUUGGUCCCCGACUGCGCCGCCAGCCGGCUCGCGUCCGUCUCAUUGUUGCGCGUCGGGGCGAACAAUUGCGGCUGGCAUGGACUGGAAUGGCACAAUGGCACAGGGUCGCGCGAUGCCUAA